GGUUUUGAGACGAUUCUAUCAAAAUUAACACACAGCAUCUUCUUCCACGUAUUCUGAUUCUCUCUCUCUCUACCUAAACCACAACAACCAAGAACAGUCUAAUCUCUCUUUACUCUCUCUCCUAAUUUGGGUGCAACAGAGAUGGGGAAAGGUCCAGGUCUCUACUCCGACAUCGGCAAGAAAGCCAGAGAUCUUCUGUACAGGGACUACCAGAGCGACCAUAAGUUCACUGUCACCACUUACACUUCCACCGGAGUCGCCAUUACCACAUCAGGAACCAAGAAAGGUGAGUUGUAUUUGGCUGAUGUUACUACCCAACUAAAGAACAAGAACAUCACAACUGACAUAAAAGUUGACACAAACUCUAAUGUUCUCACUACCAUUACCAUUGAUGAACCUGCACCUGGACUCAAGACAAUCUUUAGCUUUAUUGUUCCUGAUCAGAGAUCUGGCAAGGUAGAACUCCAGUACCUGCAUGAGUAUGCUGGAAUCAGUACUGGUAUUGGAUUAACUGCUAGUCCCAUCGUCAACUUCUCUGGCGUGGUUGGGAAUGAUGUUGUUUCCCUUGGGACUGAUCUAUCUUUUGACACUGUGACUGGAAACUUUACCAAAUGCAAUGCAGGGUUGAAUUUCUCCAAGUCUGACCUUAUUGCUUCCUUGGCACUGAAUGACAAAGGUGAUACCGUUACCGCUUCCUACUAUCACACAGUGAGCCCAUUGACCAAUACAGCUGUUGGUGCGGAGCUGACACGUAGCUUUUCAAAGAAUGAGAACACACUCACUAUUGGAACACAGCAUGCAUUGGACCCACUAACCACGGUGAAGGCUCGGGUGAACAGCUAUGGCAAGGCAAGUGCUCUCAUCCAGCAUGCAUGGCGGCCAAAAUCCCUCUUCACCAUCUCAGGGGAAGUGGACACCACGGCAAUUGAAAAAAGUGCUAAGAUUGGACUGGCUUUGGCUCUGAAGCCAUGAUUUUAGAAUUGUCUUUGCUUGAAAGGAAGAACCGGAAUUGUUUUUGUAUGGUGGAGAGCAAUAAGGUAGGUAGAAUGAACCUAGUACAGUAUCUCUUUUUCCUUAAAACAUUUUGCCCGUUGAAUGUGGCGGCAUUGGUUUCUUUGAACUUUGAUGGUUGUGGGCUGUAAAAAAUAAUGUAGCUGGUUGCAGCCUGGCAUCAUUUUCCUUCUCAUAUACUCCGUCAAUCUAUUCUAUUAUUCAAUGUGGAUUAAUUGAAUAGAAUUUUCUUAUGGAAUGUGAUAACGCCUCAUCACUGCUGCUUCUUGUA